AUGCACUUUUCAACAAUCAUUUCUGCUUCCGCCUUUGCUGGUCUGGCGACUGCUUCUCCGUCGUUCUUCCGAAGAAAUCCUCCUGCCGAGGAGGCUGCGCCCGUGGCGUGCGAGCCGGUCACUGUUCAUGAGACGGUCCAUGAGACGGUGCACGUGACGAUACCUGGGGAGGUUGUCCAUGAGACUGUCCACGAGACUGUCCAUGUGACUGAGGUUGUGCACCAAACCGAGACGGUACAUGCGACAGUUACCGAGGUUCAGCAUGUUCCAGUUGAGAAACCAGUCACAGUUAUCGAGACUUCCAUCGUCCACCAAGAAGUUGAGAAGCCCGUUACAGUCAUCGAGACAGUUCACCAGACGAUCGAGCAACCUGUUACUGUGGUUGAGACUUCUGUUGUUCACCAAACAGUUGAGCUGCCUGUUACAGUCAUUCACACCCAGCCCGUCGAAGUCGAGGUCGAAAAGCCAGUCACAGUUGUCGAGACUGUCCACCAAACGAUUGAACAACCCGUUACAGUUGUCGAGACAUCAGUCGUACACCAAACCAUCGAGCAACCCGUCACAGUCAUCCAUACCCAACCAGUCGAAGUCGAGAAGCCUGUUACAGUGGUUGAGACCUCAGUUGUUCAUCAGACCAUUGAGCAGCCAGUCACUGUCGUUCAUACUGUACCUGUCGAAGUUGAGAAACCUGUAACAGUAGUUGAGACUUCUGUCGUGCACCAGACAAUUGAACAGCCUGUUACCGUCAUCCAUACACAGCCAGUUGAGGUCGAGAAGCUCGUCACAGUUAUCCACACUCAGCCAGUCGAGGUCCCAGUUCAGGUUCCAGUCACUGUUAUUCACACCCAACCCGUUGAGGUACCUGUCGAGAAGCCUGUGACUGUCAUCCAUACAUCCGUGGUUGAGAACACAGUUGUCCAUACUUCAGUUGUCGAAGUCGAGAAACCUGUCAACGUCGAGGUACCCGUCACAGUGGUGCACACCCAAGUCGUCGAGAAGCCUGUUCAGCAGAUACACACUGUUGAAGUUGAGAAGCCUGUUGAGGUUGUCCACACUGUCGAGGUCGAGAAGCCAGUGCAUGUUACUGUCAUCCAGACAGUCACUGAACACGUCGCUGCUCAACCUACCGCUCAUCCCGUCGAAGCUCCCCAAGAACAUCCCGUCGUGGUUAUUGAACAGCCCGAGCAUGAGGCACCAGCCCAUGAGGCACCACCGCACGAGACAGUUGUCGUGGAGGUGCCUGAACACACACCAGCAGAAGAGGUUGCAGCGCCUCACGAGACCGUUGUGGCUGAGCAUCCCGCCGCGCCUCCAGCUCACGAAACACCAGUUGCCGUCGAACAUCCCGCUGCCCCAGCAUCACCAGCUCAUGAGACUUCCGUGGUCGUAGAGCACCCAGCAGCCCCAGUCGCGACAAUGGGUCACGAAGCGCCCGCUGCCGAGCAUCCAGCUGCGCCAAUAGCGACCAUGGCGCACGAGGCUCCUGCAGCUGAGCAUACCGCUGCAUCUCAGCCUGCUGAACCCCAUGAAGGUGCAGGCGAGAUGCCCAUCGCUGAAGCCGAAGCCUUACAGCAUCCCGACAUCCCUGUUCUUCUACCCUCUGGUGGAGUGUCGGGUAAGAACGCAACAGUGGCACCAACAUAUCCUGGCCGUCGCGCUAUUGUUCGCAGAUGGUGA